AAUGAGAAUACCUUCUAUUGGAAUGUGUCAGGAACUAUGUUUAGAGAAAGAAAUAAUGUCCUUUGCUGUAAAGAAUUACAUUUGUGUUUGCAUUCAAACGGAGUUACUACACGGGGUACAUUCCCAAAAUCCAAAAAUGUGUAGCUACAAUUGCAGUACUUAUACAGAUAGGAAGACAUUGUAUGAGUGCGGGGGACCCUAUGCAUACAACAUUUAUUUUUCGGUCAAAUCAUUUGGAGAAAGAACAAAAAAGAAGGUUUCAAUGUGCAUGGCCCUACAGUGUGGUGAUUCUAGAUAUCUAAGUAGAGAGUGCAGUUUUCCACUCCAAAGGGUUUGCAAGAAUGAAAAAUUAGGUCAAGGCAUUGCAUUGUCAUGGAGAAAAUCAAUGGACGAAUGUAAGUUGUCUGAAGAUCCUUCAUAUCUACUCGGAAAUCUAAACUUAUCAGAUGCUGAGUCAGAAUGUGGAAGGCUAAAUCAGACAAAUCUUGGUCAAUCAUGGGUUGGCUUUGCACAGCAAAUUUACACAAGUUUUAAUAAGGGCCAAAGCAUCAAAAAGGAAACAAUCGUACAAUGUCAAAGGUGUAAAUGGAACAAUUGUUCAUUCAUAGACUGUGCAAAUGGAGAACAAUACAGAUGUAUCAAUGUUCCUAUUGCGACCCGCAAACCUAUAUCAGUCAACUUUACAAGUCUUUACCAGUUUAGUUCAUCCAGAAAGGUAGAAAAGAUCACAGAGAUUUACAACAAGGCAAUAUCAUUUGCUAUUUUUACAAAGUCAAUGUCUUUGACGAAAACUACAGUAGCACCUUCUACAGAGACAGACACAACGUUUAAUCUUACUAUUCCCUUCAGUGUCGUUAUCCCAAUUGUUGUGGUUGUCACAGUACUGAUUAGUGUGAUCCUUAUAAGACGAAAAAGACAGAGCAGAAAAAAGAAAAAUGUCCAAACGGGAGCAUUUCACAAACAUGAUACUAAUCACUACUCAAUAGUGGACAAAGCCAGGAAUCAUUUUCAGCUUGAAACACAGAUGACAAACUCUAACAAUCCUGCUGAUAUUGAACUGCUGAGGUCACAGAAUUCAUAUUGUCAUAAAGAGGAAGGAGUUUAUGAUCAUCUAAGAGAAUCAGAUCCCAGGGGAGUAGGUAAUGAGAUCAUCUAUGAUCACGCGAGAUUUGUAGAGGGUGGAGACUGUGAUUAUGAUACUACACAGAGUGUUAAAAAACAGGAAGAGAAAAACAUUUAUGAUUAUACCGAGAUUAUAACUUCUGACGCCGUAAAUGCUGACCAGGAUCUCGAAUUUAGUGUUCUUACGGAAGGGUCCGCCUAAGCUGGCAAUGAAAACCCCAGAACAGAUGGAAUGUUCUGGAAUGACAUCUCUCAGAAUUGAAUAAACAAAUAAACAAUGAUUUCAUGCAUGUAAUCGAUCAAAAUUUAUAGUGUUCACAAUCUAACAAGUGUUAUUUUUAUGCGCCCGGAUCGAUAGAUCCCGGGCGUAUAUUGUUUUUGUCCUGUCUGUUUGUCUGUUUAUCUGUUUGUCUGUUUGUCUGUCGUCAACUUUAACCUUCGCCAUAACUUUUGACCCAUAAGAGAUAGAGACUUCAUAUUUGGUAUG